CUCGUGCAAUAAAAGAGACUAGAAGAUAAUGUUCCCCACUCUCUCUUAAAUCUCUCUCUCUCUCUCUCUCUCUGUGUGAAAGCUUUCGUCUCUCGGGAUUGACUUCCUUUGAGAUACUGGGUUUUGGGAGAGAAAACCCAUUUCUAAAUUUCUUUCUUCAGGUGAAAACCCCUGCAAAUUAAGUUGUUCUUAUUCGUAUCUGUAUAUAGUGCUUUGACAUAGUCAAAGCAUAGUGUAAUCUGAGAUUGAAGGUUUAUAGUUCCAUCCUUUUCAACAUUUGUUUGAAUUUUGAAUUUAUUAGGUGAUUUCUUUUGGGAAAUGAUGAUGAUGUUCGAUGAGAUGGGAUUCUGUGGUGAUAUGGAUUUCUUAUGCCCUCCUCAAGGGGGAGAAAUAGCUAUCCAGCAGGCUGAACCAGAAGCCACCGUAGAGGAUGAUUAUACAGAUGAGGAGAUAGAUGUUGACGAGCUUGAGAGAAGGGUGUGGAGGUACAAAAUGCGUAUAAAACGUUUCAAAGAACAGAACAAGGGUAAGGAUGGAAUUGAUAUUGCAAAGCAGCGACAGUCCCAGGAACAGGCCAGGAGGAAGAAGAUGUCAAGGGCUCAAGAUGGGAUCUUGAAAUACAUGUUGAAGAUGAUGGAAGUUUGCAAAGCCCAAGGCUUUGUCUAUGGUAUUAUUCCUGAGAAGGGAAAACCAGUGACUGGGGCAUCUGAUAAUCUUCGUGAAUGGUGGAAAGAUAAAGUGAGGUUUGAUCGUAAUGGCCCGGCUGCCAUAGCCAAAUACCAAGCUGAUAAUUCAAUUCCUGGCCGGAAUGAUGGCUGCAACUCAAUUGGUCCUACUCCUCACACCUUGCAAGAGCUGCAAGACACCACCCUUGGGUCUCUCCUAUCAGCCCUCAUGCAACAUUGUGACCCACCUCAGAGGAGGUUUCCACUUGAGAAAGGUGUCCCUCCACCAUGGUGGCCAGCUGGAACAGAGGAGUGGUGGCCUCAGCUGGGUUUGCCAAAGGAUCAAGGGCCUCCACCUUAUAAGAAACCUCAUGACUUGAAGAAAGCAUGGAAGGUGGGUGUUCUUACAGCUGUGAUUAAGCAUAUGUCCCCUGAUAUUGCCAAGAUUCGAAAGCUUGUCAGGCAAUCAAAGUGUUUGCAAGACAAGAUGACAGCUAAGGAGAGUGCUACCUGGCUUGCCAUAAUCAACCAGGAGGAGGCCUUGGCUCGUGAGCUUUAUCCUGAUUCUUGCCCUCCUCUUUCCUCUGCUGGAGGAGGUGGGUCUUUGGUUAUCAAUGAUUGCAGCGAAUAUGAUGUUGAAGGGGCUGAAGAUGAACCAAACAUUGAUGUGCAUGAGCUUAAUCCUGAAAAUCUUGGUUCCAAUUUUGGGAUGGAUAGAAUGAGGGAAGGGUUAUCUGUUCAUCAAUCACCUUAUCUGGUCAAGGGUGAAGUUAUCAGCAACAUAGAUUUCAUUAGAAAGCGGAAGCCUAAUGGUGAUCUAAACAUGAUGAUGGAUCAAAAGAUUUACACAUGUGAGCAUCUUCAGUGUCCUUACAGUGAGCUGCGUCUUGGUUUUCAUGAUAGGAUUUCCAGGGACAAUCAUCAAUUGACUUGCCCUUACAGAAGCAACUCUUCAGAUUUUGGAUCAUCAAAUUUCCAUGUUCACGAGGUUAAACCAGUUAUUUUCCCUCAAUCCUUCAGUCAACCCAAACCGGUUACGCCACCAGUUAAAUCCGUCUCGCCAUCCUUCGAUCUGUCACGACUUGGCGUUCCAGAAGAUGGCCAGAAAAUGAUAAGCGAGCUAAUGUCAAUCUAUGAUAACAGUGUCCAAGGCGCUAAGAUUGUUACUCCCAGCAAUGCCAUCAGCGAAAAUCAGAAUCACGCUCAGCCCAAAUUUCAUCAUCAACAGGAAGAGUAUUUCCACGGUCAAGGAGUUGGAUUGGAAGGAAAUUUUUUCGAAGAAUCCAACAUGCAAAGUAACCAUCAAGUCUUUUCUCGAGAAGAAGGUCAAUUUGACCGGUUUAAAGCUUUGAAUUCCCCUUUUGAGGCCAACCACAACCACAACCUCAGCAACAGCAACAACAACAAUAACAACAACAACAACAACAACUUUCAGUUGAUAUUAGAAUCUCCUUUCGAUCUGUCAUCUUUCGAUUACAAAGAGGAUCUACAAGGUAUAGCAAUGGAGAAACAGCAGGAUGUUUCUAUGUGGUACCAUUGAAGUGGUUUAAAUGAACACCCUCUUUGGUCCAUGAAGUCUUUUUUUUUUUUUUUUUUUUUUUUUCCUAAGAGUUAAAAGACACCGUGGUCCUUGUUCAAGUUAAACUUAGCUGGAAGUAUCUUUUAGAUCUGAUAUCUUCCUUUCACUUUGUAUUCUUGUAUGUGUAGAAUUAAAAUGUCAGAAAAAAAGAAAAAAAAAAGAAAAAAAAAAGAAAGGGGGUCCUUAGGUGAUCAAAAUGUAUGUGGUAAUGAGGGUCCCAUAAAAACUACCCUGUUGUUUACUGAUUAUAUGUAGCCGUGUCAUAUAAAUAAGUUAGGAUUUUUCUUUUUUUGGCUCUAAAAGGAUUGUCUUUUUUUGAAUGAAUCUUGCGUGCUCAUCUUUUCUUCUA